AUGGCGUCUUUCAUGACAGAGAAUUCUUCAUCACCCUCCAAUAGCUGGCCUCUGGAUCAGUUCGUUCAAGACCCGGGAUAUCUCGCCUACCAGGAAGAACUUCGAUGCCUCAUCUUCAACACAGCUCAGACUGCAGCACCUUCCCGCGAAGCCUCACCUACACUUGGAAACUAUGGGCCAACUGAUGAAGAAUUAGCAGCUCAGGCUCAGACAAAGACAGCCCUUGCUUCCGGACGACGACUUGAAUACCUCAAGAACUAUGUCGCCCAAGUAGCUCCCUGGGUACUUACGUAUCACGCAUGUCUCGAUAUGUUUGACAGUAACGGGGCAUUCACUGUUCAAGUCCCAGUCCUUGCUCGUAGUUGUCCAGCUCUUCUCUAUGCAGUGCUCGCCCUGUCCGCUCGCCAGAUGGAGCGAAAAGAGGCUAGGCAGCAUUCAUUCGACAGUCUGGAACUCUACCAAGAAGCUAUUCGUCUCCUGAACCCCUUACUUCAAGCCAGAGACCUCACCAUAAUCCCAAUCUGCGUCAUUCUCUGUUGUCUAGAGAUGAUGUCGGCAAGUCCACAAGACUGGCGCCGUCAUCUUGAAGGGUGUGCUGCUCUCUUCGAUUCAUUUGACGUCAACGGUUUCAGUGGCGGCCUCCUUCAAGCUGUCUUUUGGUGUUAUGCAAGAAUGGAUCUAUGCGGUGCGCUCAUUUCUGAUGGGACUCAAGGCACAUUGGUACCACUGGACAAAUGGCUACCUCCUGGUUCCGAUCCAAACUCUGCCGCUGACAUCUUUCGAGACCAGCGCUCACCGGAUAUGCACGCCAAUUACUCAGUAUAUCUCUGCUCUAAAGUCUGCGAGCUCGUUGCUGAUCGAACGCACCAUGUCGAGCUUGCAGAGAACAACGGUUGCGAUUCCGCAUCUUUUGAAAGACGGUGGUUACGACUCUGGCACGAUCUUCAAUCUUGGUUGGAGGAUCGACCGGCAGAAGUAGUUCCUGUCAAAUUCAUUGAAAGUCGACCAUUCCCUCAAAUUCUCUUUGUUCAUUGGGCAGGGAUCUCAUCUAAUCAGCUUUACCACACAGCCUGCACUUUAUUGCUAGGAUCGAAACCUCGGGAGGUCAAGCUUGACGUGGGACCAACGGGAUCUUCCAUCUGGCAUGCUAAAUGUAUAUGUGGCAUUUCUUUGACCAACCCCCAUCAAGGCUGCCUUAAUAAUGCCAUACAGCCACUUUGGAUUGCCGGGAGACUUCUCAGUCACAAGUCGGAACAUUUGCUUCUUUCCAAGUUAAUCCUGAGCAUAGAGGCAAUGACAGGGUGGGCAACUAAUUGGCGCAUCGCUGACCUUGAACACGCAUGGGGUUACAAGGUUAGAUGA